AUGUCCUCCGCCGAGCCUCCCGCCGGCGGCGAUGAUUCGUCUACGCACCAGUACUUCUGCCACCGUUGCGCCACCGCCAUCCCAAUGGAUCCAUCCACCGGAACCGUUCCUGUAUGCCCCAACUGCCGGAGAAGAUCGAUGGAAGAAUCUGACCAUCCGAGCUCAUCUUAUGCUCCUAGCUCUCGGCCCCUCAAUCCCAUUCCCACCGUUACGUCGUUUCUCGCCGUUUCUCCCUCCACCGGCGCCACCAUCUCUCGCUCCGCGAGCUUCGAAUACCGCCAUUUCGGUGAAGAUUUCGUACACAUUAUAUCGGAUACUGGAUUCUUCAGUCCUCCGUACCCCACCGCUGUACCCGUUCUCAACCCUUUGCCCACUGUCGGAUCAGAAAUUUCCUUCCAGUUUCUCGGUGGAUACAUAGAUAUUUGCUUGAACGAAGGCGCUAUUAUGAACACCACCGACAUCCGGCGUCAAAUCGUGCAACUUCUACAGAUUUAUUCCAAUUUCUUGGCCCGGCAGGCUGCGCCUCUGGCGGCCAUUGCCGCGCUGCCAGAUGUCACUGUGACUGAGGAUCUUCUUCAUUCGGACGGGGCACAGUGCCCUGUCUGCAGAGAAGAUUUCAAGAUCGGGGAGGAGGUGAAGCAGUUGCCAUGUAAGCAUGUAUAUCAUAAAUCCUGCAUUGUACCUUGGCUUGAAAUGCGCAACUCGUGUCCAGUUUGUCGUUCCAAGCUCGAGACUGACGAUCCCAACUCCGAAGAGCAGAGGAGAGCCCUGAAUCCCCUACCAUUGAUUACCGGUAUACAAAUGUCGCGUUCCGGACAGCGGAAUACGGCGGAGCAAACGCCGGGAUCCACGGCGGCGGUAUUUGAAAUUGAACUGCUAUGGCCAGUCGAACCGAGACGAUUCAGGAUCGGGGGUUCAGAGGGUAGGCAGAGGCGGGGAGUUGGUCUAGCUGGGCAAGGAAACGGUGAAAUUUCUAUGGCAAUGAGGCCUCAGGACCAGGAGAGAUUAGAAGAACAGCAAGAAGGUCUUGACUGA